UGAAAAAACAACUAAGCGGCACAGUGUAAAAAGCAAUAUACGAAAAAAUAAUAAGACAAUAAAUUAAAAUUAUGAAAAGAUAACAAAGUGUGAUUCAUGUAUUAAGAGAAAUAUGGAAAGGUGUUUUAAAAUGUAAAAUUAUCAGAACAUAUUUUGGAUUUUCAAUGCUUUUACUUGUCCCAUGCCAAGUGGGUCUAUCGGUGCAUUUAUUCAUGCAUAUUGGAGUGCGUGCGUAAGUGUGUAUGUGUAAUGGUCAACCAAGUGCAUCAAAGUAUCUGAGAAAUAUCAAAACACAAAACAGCUGUCAGUGUCAAGUGUCUCUGUACAUAUACCAAUCACAAUAGCAAAGGGAAAUGCAAAAAUGUCAUUUUGACAUUUCUCUUUAGCAACACCCAACACCAACGAGUAGUUGUCUCUUUCUAGCUCAGAGCAAUCAAAUGACCACCUUUGCACAAACAAUUUUCCCUCUCUCUGUGUGGGAAUUCUUAUCUGAGAAGUGCGUUCAAAUGAGGCGGCUUUGUAUCUGUGAGAUAAACUCAACUGGAUGGUAGACCUUUUGCUGCUGCCUACUACAGUUUGUCUGUAUUGUAAAAUGAACAAAGCACGAAAGUAGACGCAUCAGCAAAACAACGACGGUACGCGUUCUUGAUGAAGAAAAUGAAGAGAAAAUUUUGGAAAUUAUUGUGUGAAAAAAAUACCUAAAUGAAAAAUCUAUUGGAAAAUACUAAAGAAAAUUCGAAUGAAAAAUAGAAUAAAUGUGAAGUGAAAAUCCCAAAAGAUAGUAGGAAAUGUUGUAAUUUAUUUUUAUGAAGCCUCCUUGCGAAAGAAAAUUUCCUAUCAUAAUUCUGUGAGAGUGUGUGUGUGCGUGGUUUUUUUAACAUAUACCCUCCUAACCGUGUUUGCAACUUCUUCCAUUGCCUAUCAACGUUGGGUUUUGUACUCGUUUCGUUUGGCUGGCUGCCUGGCUAGCUGAUUCUUAUGGAGGUCUUGUUAAGAGGCCCUUUACUUUGUCGCCGACCAGAGUUUGAGUGCGUGCCUACAUAUCUGUGAGUGCUAGUAGCAUCUGUAUGUGAGAGUGUGUGUAUGUUUCUAAAUUGUUGGUGUUGUUUUCAUUUCUUGUUUCUUUGCAUUCAAUGCCAAAUAUCCUUGCGAAAAUAAGAUAGCCUUAUCCGAAGAGAGCACAGUGCAAAUGAAAUGGCAACAUUGUAUGUGAAAGAUGAUUUCAGAAAGUGCACAAACACAUACACUUACAAAACACACCAACAACAUCGCUCUCACACGCAACAGCAAAUAAUGUAAUUCUAUAAAAUUUAAAGUGAAAAUAAAUAAUAAAAAUUGUUAUUCUAUGUGGCAAAAGAAAAUAAAAGUGACGGAGAGAAGAAAGAAGAAUCACAGAGAAAAUAAAAAAUGCAAUUCUAAUUCAAAUAAAAAAUUCACAAAAAGGGGUGUUUUUUCUGUCAUCUGUUCUUUUUAGUUGGCAUUUGAAAUCAUUGAUGCUUUAAAGUGUCUGCAGAAAACAGCGAGAAUCCGUGCAAUGCAGAAGUGAAAUACGAUAAAAAUUAAUGAAGAGAAAAAACAACCAACACACCAAAUGAAAAUAUUAAAACAACAAUCAGCCCUAACAAAUUACCACCACCAUUAACAAGGCACUUACAGCAACAACAACAACAACAGCAACUGAAUGUUAAGAGAAUUAACAACAACAAUAGCAACAGCAGUAAAUGGUGUAACGUCAUACCACUGCCAGACUUUACACCACAACUAAUUAAUUGCCAACAUUAAUAAAUUACCAUUCAACAUCUGAUUGAAUUUCAUUUGUGUGGCCCUAAAAUUUAUAUGAAACAGAAAUAAGUCGCCAUCUUUCCGCAGAGAUAAACAAAACAACAGUCACCCUACCACCCACCACCGCCGUCACCAUCGACCUCAACACACCACUCAAUAGCUGUGGGCGGCAGAGGAGCAGUAGCCACCAUCAUUGAUCGCUUUCCGAACAACCCGAAAUACUCUUUUGGUGUGGCAAGUUCACAUAAUCCCAGCCAGCUCUUCGAGUAACAAUAACAACAACGUUGAUGAUCUGCGAAGCACAAAUGAGGAAUAUUGAAUUUUGCAUACACUCGAAACAAACGAUGUGAAGCCGCAGCCAACUAAACCAAGUGCUCAGAAACUUCACACAAUGAAUAAUAGAAAAACAUUCGCUACAGAUUAAGAUCUACUCUCUUCACAUGACUGACUGUGUAAUGUGAAAUCCAGAGGAAUUAUUAUGUAAAAAUCGACUCAAAACUGAACUUGGCAGCAAAACUGCAAAGAAUAAACUAACUCAUAAGAAAUCCGCAAGACUAGUUGAAACUGAAGAGAUUGUAACAAUACAGCAAACUUACUCACUCACCUACACACACACACACAAACCAAAGAUUUACUUAACGCUAAGACUUCGAAAUAGAACAAAAAACAACUCCUUUACAAUGUCCAAACAUACGGAUAAUGAUCAUUUGCGUAAUGACAUUUACGAAAAUCUACCCUGCCAGGCCAUGUUCAAUGAGUCUGUGCGAAAGAUACAACAACAAAAAUCGGCUCAGGCCGCCGCGCACAAUCCCAAUAACAUCAAUCUGAAUAAGGCUUUGUCACAGCAAUUACUAUUGAACAAUAUUAGCAAUCAGGGUUCACAUUUGGUCAAUGUUAAUUUAGCCAAUUCGAAUUCGAAUUCGGCGCCCAAUAACAAGCAUCAAAGUUCGGUGGGUCGACAUAAUUUGGUUGCCGGCACCAGCAGUCCAGGACAAAUGCCAAAAGAAAUGAUUUAUGCCACGCCGCUGCGUAAAUCAGAUCGUUAUAAAAGUGGUGAUCGUAGUCGUUUAACUUCAGCUGCCGUAGGCAAUGCAACGGCUGGAAUUCCACGCCCCCUAAAUGAAAAAGAGGUGACCAACACAGAUGUAAAAUUAACCAAUAUUAUUGAUUAUAAACAACUGAAUACGCCACGUGAUAGCAACCGGGUAAAUACUUCAGCAGCAGCUGCUGCGGUGGCGGCUACUAAUCGCAAUGGUAACACGGUGGUACCUGUUACAGAUCUGGAUGAUGAACCCGAUUCGGGUUGUACUUCAAGUAAUAUGUAUGCAAAUCGUGGAGUGCCCUUAAAUUGUGGUAAUAACGGAGGAGGUAGUUCCACACCCAAUCAUCAACUGGAAGAUCGCCGUAUUUUGAAUUUCCUCAAGGACACGACCCAACUGCAAAAGAAAAUGGAAAUUUCCGGAAAAGAUUGUCCCAACUCAAGUUUUUCCAAUUUGGCCCGCGAGGAACAUUUCGCCAAUUUGGUGCAACAAAAUUUCCCCCUGGAGGUGGCACGUAAAAGUUUUGAUCCAGAAAAUGAAAUGGAAGCUGCCUUAGAGGGGGCUGCAAAUGGUGGCGGUGGUGACAUAGAAGAAACUUCUGAUAAUUUAGAAGUUUUUAUGCAGAAAAAACUGUCGCCGGACAAGGAGGUGAAUGGGUUUGGUGGCGCCCAACGCGAAUAUGGCCAUCAGCACCAUCAUCAUCACCAUCAGCAUCGUUAUGGUUCUAAGGUGUACAUAAAUCGUGAAUGGGUCUUAAAGAAAAUAGCCAUGUGUUUGGAGCAGAGAACCGCCGGAAAAAAAACCAUGCCGGGUCUGCUGGGACCAACCCCAUCAAAUGGAGCAAAGAAUGAAGCCUUUGCUGGCAGCUCUUCUGCACCUGGCUUUAUGUCAUCGCGGGCCAAGGCAGCUGCCAUUUCGGCUUCCACCUAUAAUGGAUGUUUGGUUUUGGGCUCAAACGGUUCAGGCAAGACAAGCAUUUGUCAGGCCAUAAUGAAUGGCAAUUCCGGUACACGAGGAUUGCUGAAUCGCAAACUAUUGGCCUCGUACCUCAUCGAAUCACAAAAUCCCGAGUGCCAUAGCCUAUCACUGUUCAUACGGAAAAUGGUAUUACAAAUCCUAAGCCAUUCGUCACUAAUAGCCAAAGAUGAAAGCCAGCGUAUCAUCGAUGAAGGCUUCUCGUUUCUGCAUGAUGAGGUCCAACAGCAAGAAUCCAAAUUGGAUGAGGCCAUGAACAAUAUAUCUUUGGACGAAAAUGCCGAAGAUAUUCUGAUAGCCGAACUCAAACGUGGCGCCAAAGAAUGUGAUAUUGCCGAAUUGGAAAAUUUCCAUGAACGACGUACUUCCACAUCCAAGAAAGCGGAAAACUUACAGUUGAUGAGACAAAAAUCUGAACCGGUGCCUCCACAACAAAUGGGCGGAGAGGAUGAAGAGCAAGAAAAAAAAUGCUAUGGUACCCAUCCACCAAAGGGCCAGAAGAAAAAACCAAAUAAAGAUUAUGAUGAGAAUAAGGAUAACGAUACGGAAAAGGUUAAGCGGCGGGAAGAAUCCGAUAGGGAUUUACCCUCAUCGAGUAAAACUAGUCCCGGACGCAAAUCGAAGAUUCCAGUGAAAUUAACACGACCCAGUAACGUGGCAUCCCCGGUCAAACAUAUUAACAGCAAUUUGAGUUUGCCCAGCAACAAUAACAACCAUGCACCUCAACAGGGUGGGGGAGAAGACAUUGCAGCGGUGGGUAAUGAGGAUUUAAAGCAAGAAAUUCAAGCAGCUAUACGCGAGGAGCAGGACAGGGAUAGUAACAAGGAUGAGAAACAAAACAACGAAGACAGGCCUGAGGCUGAUAAAGAUAUGGAGCAAUUUCUAAAGGAAAACAAGGAUAAAGAGGAAGAAGAAGAAGAAGACGAACGUAAAUUACGGGAAGGAAGCGCAGAACUGCGGGAUGAAAAUGAUCUUAUCGAUUUUGAAACAAAAUCCAAAAACAAAACCGAUGAGCAGGAAGACGAUAUGGAGGAGAAACAAACCAGUUGCUUCAAUACUCUACCUCCUCCCUUGCCCAAGACUAAAAGUUGCCGAACCAUCAUUGCCGAUGGCUACUAUGAAAUGCUACUUACCAAUCCGGAAAUUUUUGAAUGCCUAACUGUGGACAAUAUUGAGAAGAACCCCGAUGAGUGUUUCAAGAAGGCCAUAUUGUUUCCGCUGCUGGAGCUAACUCCACCCAAGACAGCUUUGCUGUUGCUUAUCGAUUCCAUCGAUGAGAAUUACAUUAAUGAGGGAAAUCUAAUUUCUACCCUUAAGGGUGGCCGUGGCGGCGGUACCACCCACAAAAGUCGCAAUGUCGCCGAGCUGCUUUCCAAUCACAUUCACCUCUUCCCAAAAUGGCUGUUCCUGGUGUGUACAACGAAGAAACAAACCAAACAGAUUACCCGCAUGUUCUCUGGUUUCAAGAAGAUCACCUUGGAUGAUUUGCGUAAGUCGCAUGUGGUCAAAGAUGUCCAGGAGUAUAUCAUCAAUCGAUUGAACUCAGAUUUCAAGGAUAGCAUUAUGUUGACAAAGGAAAUCAUAGAAUCUCUGCAUCAGCUCUACAUCAAAUCCAAUGGUUGUAUUCUCUAUCUGGAAAAAGUUCUGAAUGGUAUCAAGGAGAAUUUCUUCAGUUUUCGUGAAAUAAAACUUAUACCCUGUACCCUGAAUGGCUUGUAUUUGUAUAUAUGUCAGAAGUCGUUCAACAAGAAGCAAUACAUGAAAAUAAGGCCAGUGCUGAAUGUGCUGCUGGCCUCCUCAGGCUAUGUCGACAAAUUGUUCCUGUUCAAUUGCCUCAGGACCCACAACUAUACCAUCGACAACGAGGAGUUUGAAAAACGUCUACACCUGAUGAAGAACAUACUGCAAUACGACAACGAUCAGAGGCGUUUAAAAAUUUUCCAUAAUUCCUUUUCGGAUUGGUUGGUGGAUGUGAAAUUUGCCACUAAGAAAUUCAUAUGUGAUGUCAAUGAGGGCCAUGUCAUGAUUUCGCUGUACUACUUGUUGGUGGCCGAGACUCUGUGUGCCAACACGGUGCGGAAAUUCAUCUACCAUCUAAUCAAGUCCGGAGAAUAUCUAACCAAUCGUAACAUCGACUUGGACAUGAUUCUAAUGCUGCUCGAGUCACGGGUGAAUUUAAAUGAUUGCUUCUACACCAACCACCUAAACUGCUGUUCCAUGUGCGAACUGGACUUUAAAAAUGACCCGAAUUUUCUACCCAAAACCCGUAACAUGAUUGAAAAGUUUUUGAACACCGAAUUGUGUGAUGAGUUCUCGCAAUUGCUAUGCGAUUUCUUCAAGCCCAGUUUACCCACAGAUGCAAAAAUACUGAAACUACUCAUUGAGACGGGCAUUAAUAAUGCCGACAAUCAAACGUCUUGUGAAUCAUCGCUAAUGUCGCCCGAGCUGUCAGAAAAAUCUCAAAAUAUCGAUUUUGAAUUGGCCGAUUUGUUAAUAUCCAGUGAGCGUUCGUGCAUUAUGGAAACCCAGAGGCCAUCGAGUCCUUCGGAAAAAAGUGAGCCACAUCAUGAGAGUCAGGAUGACAACGCCUCAUCUACGCUACAUCAACUUUCCGACUCCAAUCGCAUAGAACUACACAAAGGCAAGGCUUUGAUACACAUUCUGGCCAAUGAUGGCAAUCAUUUGUUGCUCGAGAGGGCUCUCAAUGCCUGCAAGGGACCCAUUGAUCUGGAAAUUGAAGAUUACAAUGGGCAGACUGCCCUCAACAUUGCGGCACGCAAUGGCCACUUGGAGGUGGUUAAGCUGCUGUUGAAUUUUGCACAACCCUGCAACGAUGGCACGGGACGCAUGAAACGUGUCGAUGUCAACCAUGCCGAUCGGGAUGGUUGGACACCAUUACGUUCCGCCUCCUGGGGUGGUCACACUGAAGUUGUCAAAUUGCUCAUAGCCCACCCGGCUUGUAAAAUUGAUUUAGCCGACAAGGAAGGGCGUACAGCUCUCCGGGCCGCCGCCUGGAGUGGCCACGAAGAUAUACUCAAGAUACUCAUAGAACAUGGAGCAGAUGUUAAUUCUGUAGAUCGUCAGGGGCGCACCUCCCUCAUAGCUGCCUCCUAUAUGGGGCAUUAUGAUAUUGUGGAAAUUCUCUUGGAAAACGGAGCCAAUGUCAAUCAUUUAGAUCUGGACGGACGCAGUGCUCUGUGUGUUGCUGCGCUUUGUGGCUCUUCGGGUUAUAGCAAAGUUAUUUCCACACUAUUGGAACAUGGUGCCAACACAGAUCAAUUGGACAAUGACGGCAUGUCACCUUUGCUGGUUAGCUCGUUUGAAGGCAAUGCCGAGGUCUGUGAACUUUUGCUGGAAAAUGGUGCUGAUCCCGACUUGGCCGAUUUUAUGGGUCGUACCCCGCUAUGGGCCGCCUGUACUGCCGGUCAUGCAAAUGUUGUCAAACUUCUACUAUUCUGGGGCUGUGGCAUUGAUUGCAUGGAUUCCGAGGGCCGAACUGUCCUCAGCAUAGCUGCUGCUCAGGGAAAUAUUGAAACGGUACGUCAACUAUUGGAUCGUGGUUUAGAUGAGACCCAUCGUGAUAAUGCCGGCUGGACACCAUUACACUACGCGGCCUUCGAGGGUUUCCAUGAAGUUUGCCUUCAGCUAUUAGAGUCGGGCGCCAAAAUUGACGAGUGUGAUAAUGAGGGUAAGACCGCUUUACACUUGGCGGCCCAGGAAGGACGCACCCAGUGUGUACAGGUACUGCUCGAGUGCCUCUCAACGUUUGUGGAUCAAAAAGCCCAUGAUGGCAAGACCGCUUUUCGUCUAGCCUGCAUUGAGGGUCACUUGGAGACGGUGCAAUAUCUCUUAAAAUACAACUGCGAUGUCAAUUCCAAAGAUGCCGAUUCACGGACCACGCUAUACAUAUUGGCAUUGGAGAAUAAAUUGGAGAUGGUUAAAUAUUUGUUGGAAUUCACUGAUGUCGACGUGAAUAUCUCCGAUAGUGAGGGUCGAACUGCUUUGCAUGUGGCUGCCUGGCAAGGGCAUGCGGAAAUGGUGAAAAUGCUAAUCACUUUGGGUAAUGCUGAUGUCAAUGCCAUGGAUUUGGAGGCUCGUACACCGCUACAUUCCUGUGCCUGGCAGGGCAAUCACGAUGUCAUGAAUAUCCUUUUAUAUUUUGGUGCUUUGGCCGAUCAUGCCUGCAAACAGGGAGCUACAGCCUUGGGUAUUUCGGCCCAGGAGGGACAUGAGAAAUGUGUUGUGGCUUUGCUAAAGUAUGGUGCUAAUCCCUACAAAUCCGACCACUGUGGACGUACACCCAUCAAAUUGGCCGCUAAAUCAAAUCGCACAAAUAUUCUCAAAAUCUUUGACAACUAUACCAAAAAUGAAGCGAAUCAAGCCAUGGAUGCUGCUGCUAAAUUUCAUCAUGGCAACAUGUUACGUUCACCUGAUCAACAAGCACCCUCAAUUCCGGCUCAUGCCAAUUUGGGUAUGAACAUUUUACCCUCAACCUCGCCCUAUCCACCACAUGCCUCAGCCUCAUCAGUUUGUUCGGCAGCCACCACGGCUACCGUUAAUAAUAAUAUGGCAGCACCCAGUAUUCUAAAUGCCUCCAGCUCAACACACAGUUCGAAUAAUUUCUAUCAGAAUACAAUGCAAUCGGAUACCAGUAGCUUGCACAAACGUAAAAGUGUUAUAUCUAGUCAAUCAACCGGUAGCAGUAAUGAUGCACCUCUCACAUUUACCCAACAAUUACAACGACAAACCAAGCUUAGCUCACGCAAUAAUCCAUUUAUGCAAAAUGCUCCAAUUGUUAAUUCCAAGCACAGCAAUUCAGCUUCAUCAUCAUCGUUGGGUCACAAAGCCGGUGGAGGUGGUGGCGGUGGUCAUCAUCGUCAUUCCCAAAUAUUACCCGAUCUCAGUGAACAUCAAAUGGCUACCCACAUGGCCAGCAAUGAGGCUGAUCUGUACGACAUGGAGUGUAUGUCGCCGUUGUAUGCAACACCACCCCAUUCGCCAAGCAGCGAACUAAGUUCACCGGGACAAUUGCCUUCGAUCAAUAACAUUGAUGAUUGUGCUGGCGGUGCAUCUGCAUUGAAUGGCGGCUGCGGCAAUGGACCGAGCAGCAGCAGCUCUGGUGGUAAAUCUGUUUUGCCAGACAAUCAUUUUGCCCGUGAUACCCAUAUGCGUAUCAUAUUGGGAAAUUUAAAAGAAAAUCAAGCCAGUUCGUCUAGCAAAAGUAAACGCAGUGGUAUCACAACAAACCCCGCAAUGCGUCUCAUACGUAGCCGUUUCGAUUCGGCAGCCCAGCUAAUACGGAGAACCAACAAUAUACUAUCGAGCAAUAGCCAAGGAUCCUCAAGUAUUGGUGUUAAAUCGGGAACUUUCCAAUGGCGUAAAGAAAGUCAAAUGUAAAUGUUCACAAACAGAACAAGAACAACAACAUCGUUAAAAAUAAAUAAAUUGAAAUAGAAACCUUUUCCGUUUGUUGAUAUUUUUACUAUUUGUUUAUUAUUCUCUUUUAAGUAUUUGAUUUGUGAUAGUUUAACGAAUAAGUUAUAGCGAUAUUUAUUUAAUACAUAUUUUAUUAUCAACAAGGUGUCCGUGAAAAUUAAAAACUCCCACUUUCUUAACAUUAAGCGAAACUAAAUUACAUGUAGAUGAAAAUUUAGAAACAAAGACAUAAAUAAAAAUUAAUAAAAAAUCGAAAAAUAAAUAUAAAAUUACGAAACAACUGUAAUCAGACAAUUUCGAACAUAAAAAUUAGUAAUGAUGAAAAAAUAAAUUUAUGAUAUAUAUAGAUACCUUACAUGAAAUUAGUAAUAACCCUGACCCAAACAAAACACACAAUUCCAAUGCAAAAAUCCGACAUGCAGUGAGGGUUUAUAGAAUAUAGAAUUCAUUACAAAACAUCAGGGGUUCUCUAAAUCAAACAAAAAAAUAUUUAAAUUGAAUAAAAAUAUGUUUGUAUGUUUUUUUGAAACUAAAAUGUUUUCGAGAUGUUUAUAUCUGCAUUUUAUUCAUAUUUUUGGAAACAAGUUGCGUGAACUGUGUAAAAGAUCUUGUAAUAAAUACUCUAUGUAUAUUCAUCGCACUGCAUUUAAUAUAAAACAUAUAAUUACUUACAUACACAUAUUGCAAAUUUUACAAAAUAAAACAUUAAGCAAUAUUUGCCAUUAUUUACAAUACAUAUAUUAUAAAUUUAAGUUAACAUAUUAUAUUAAUUUGGAAAUAAUUUAGUAGACAUUUUAAUUAUUUAAAUAAUUUUCAUAAUCUCCAGAUACAUAUAUUUAUUAGAAAAUACUGAUAUAUUGAGGAAAAAAACCAUUAAUGAAACGAAAUAAAACAAAACAAACCAGCAAAACAAUGAUGUUAUUCAUACAUAUUAAUGAAAAAGAGCAACCACAAGUAACACAUUAAAUAUACAUAUAUUGUUUUUAGUUUAACGAAAAAACAAAUGUACUGACACUAAUUAUAAUUAGUUUACACAAUGAAACAAAUAAAAAAAAAUAAAA